AUGGGUUCCAUUGGAGACGAGUAUGAACCCUUGGAAAUCAUUGGCAAGGGUUCCUUCGGUACGGUCAGGAAAGUCCGACUGAAGCAAGAUGGCACUAUCCUAGUUCGCAAAGAGAUCGAGUACACGUCGAUGAAUGCUCAAGAGAAAAACCACAUAAUAUCCGAACUUCGGAUUCUUAGAGAACUAAAUCAUCCAUACAUUGUUAAGUAUAUGCGCCAUGAUCAUAUUCCAGAAAAGAAAGCCAUCCAUAUCUACCAAGAAUUUUGCGAUGGAGGAGAUUUGGCUAAAGUCAUCUCGACAUUCAAACGAAACAAACAGUCUGUACCCGAGGAAUUUAUAUGGGAAGUUCUAGUGCAGAUGCUCCUUGCAUUGCACCGGUGUCACUAUGGCAUCGAUGCCAAAAAUGUGGAUCUAUUCUCUCGUUCUGGAAAUGGAGAGGAGCCACAGGUCAAUUCAGAGAGGGUGAUUAUCCAUCGCGAUAUAAAACCUGACAAUAUCUUCAUGCUUGAUUCCGGGAAAACUAUCAAACUCGGUGACUUUGGUCUAGCGAAGAUGCUCACCUCUCUGAAUGACUUUGCGAAGACAUACGUUGGAACCCCGUACUACAUGUCACCAGAAGUGCUCAUGGACAACCCGUACUCGCCAGUCUGCGACAUAUGGUCAUUAGGAUGUGUUUUGUACGAACUCUGCAACCUUGAGCCUCCAUUUCAAGCAAAAACGCAUCUUCAACUUCAGAUGAAAAUCAAGCGUGGAGUCAUUGCUGAGAUUUCACCCAACUAUUCGCAGCAAUUGAGGAACAUCAUCAACGAAAGUAUCACGGUCAACCCAGACAACCGGCCAACUUGCUACGAGCUACUCGAAACGAUCUCCGUCAAGAUGUUCCGAAAGGAGAUGGAGUUGAAGGCCAUGAGCUCCACCCUCAACGAAUUCCAAAGGCAGCUUCUAAUCAAGAAUGAAGAGUUGAAAAAAACAGAGCAAAAUGUCAGGGCCUUGCAAGCAAAGGUUCAGAGCCAACGUAAAGCGUUGGAUGACGAUUAUCAUGCAUUACAAAAACAGAGCAUAGCACAGAAAGAGCAACUCGAAAAGGAAUUGCUCGAGGAUUUCGAACUUAGAAAAAGGCAGAUGGACCAAGAGGCCAAGGAGAUGCGACUCAACUACCAGCGUGAAUUCAAGCAUGUUGUGGAGCAGGAAGUCCAGCUGCGGCUCUCCGAGUUGAUGAAACCCAGAACGGUGGACCACAUGGAACCCAGUCGAAAGAAAUCCGACUCAUCUCAGUCAUCUCAGGAGAGAUACAGAACACAGCUGAGCAAGCCAAAGGGUCCACGAGAAUUCGUGGAAGAAAGUCUCCAUCAACAACAUUUACAUCUACAACAACCCUCACAGCACAUCCAGCAUGCCCAGUAUCCAGUUGUGCAGCAGCAUAGUGGAAACCCACCUGUGGUCCCAUCUUCAAGACGUGCUCCGCUCAAGAGUCGAAACAGUGAGUAUGAGAUUGAUGUAACUAAGACGGCACUUCGACCCAUGGGAUACAAUAACUAUCGAAAGCGCAUUACCGACGAAUUUGAGCAGUUAACUCUCCAGAAACGAAAUAUCCCCGAGUAUGAGGAGCAGUAUUUACGACAAAAUUUCCGAUAUUGA